UCGCGAUGGUUAUCUUGGGAAUAUGGUGGAAAAGCUCUGACACGAUGUAACAGUAGCCGCUACCUUUGGACUGGUUUGAUAGCCAUCUCUGAAUAUCAACCUCUUGUGCACAGUUAUCUCAACUAAACUAAAUAUUAAAUUUUGUGAUUUCACAAUGACGACUUUGAUAAAAUCAUACAAAGUACAACAGGAGCGGGGUGCGUACAAAAUGCGUAUCUCUUUACGAAAUUGUUUUUACUAGUUUUAAACAAAUGUUCAAAGUUAAAAUGAAGUCUCAACAAUUUCCUUAAUUCGGAAAAAAAAAACACCCGAGUAUUUUUGGUUACUAUGUCUAAGCUGGUCUGGCCUCUUCUGGUUUUACCUCCCUAGGGCGUGAAAAGAAAACAUCCAGCAAAAUAAAAUAUUAUGUAGCACGGUAAUUUAAGGAGAAAUAAAAUGUCAAAGCUAUUAUUCGUUGUAAAUGUAUUUAGAUCAUAAUGGUUUGAAACACAGAAAGUAGUAACUGUUUGUAGCAGGUCCGUCGCCAUCUCGGCCACCUGCACCGAGACAUCGUCUGUGCUAUUUGUGGGCACGGCAGCCUUUAAGUUAAAAGACCUCAAUGGACUUCCAUUCUGAAUUGCUAUCAUUUGAAACUUUAUCAAUGUGGCACAAUCCAGGGGAUUUGCCUUAGAAUGGCAAGAAAAAUCAUAUGUGUUAAUGUUAGUUUUUGUUAUUUUUCCUAGACGGUGUGUUUCCCUUGGGACAAGUUGUAGUAAUCAUGUUUCUCAGUGUCGUUUGUUUUAUUUUAAGGGGUUAGCGUUCUAAUGAGUUUCCAAUUAGGUUUCAUAUGAAAUUAGAAAUCAAUUUUACUUCGUUUUGAAAGUGCCGUAGCGGGACAAUGUUAAAUUAUUGAUGUUUCACUGUCAAAGGAAGUGGGUUUUAAUACAAAAAUAAGCCAAGAGCGGAUCUUGCAUAUAAAAUGGAGAUGGAUGGCAAAACAUUUUCGCCGACGUCACAAGUUCUUUGAGGUUUUAAUUAUGAUCGUGAGAUUCGGUGCUCGUUGAUUUAGAGAUUACACUUUUUUCUAGAAAAUUACCAACAAGGUCUUGGCGGGAGACAGCUCUGUCGGGAAGUGCAAACAUUUAUUGUUUAAGAUCAGCAGAAAAUUGCCCGACUGUGAUAUGCGCAUAGCUCGUAGCGUUGACUCUGGCAGUUAAAGCCUGCACUACUUAAUAAUAAGUCUUUGCUCUUUUGGUCCCCCGCGGUACGGCCUAGUACAAAGUUUGUGUGUUUACGUAAGGUUGUAUACACUCACAUAGUCCUUUACUCUGUAUUGUUUCGAGCUGUUUGUGGGUUGAACUUUUCUCAUAACUCCACCUGUCUUCGGCCAAAGAACGAGAGCCUUAUACAGGUGGCCGACACAACGACAUUGCGCGCCCAAUCAGAACGUGCGCAGAACAAUAGCACUUUGAAUUCGAUUAACAUGACACUUUACGGUCGCGCUUCGGCUCAGCCAAUCGGAGCCCGGAAUGCGGAUAAAUUUCGACCAGUAGGAAGCGCCGCCCCCAAUAUAAGGUAGUAUCAAUCUAAAUUCCUAGCUAUAUAACCAUUUGAUAUUUCCAACCAGCCAAGUAACUUUCUCCGGCCUCAUAGUAGUGUGAGUUAACUACCGAGGCUGAGUUAAGAUGAGUUUUAGUCCGCAGUCAAGUUUAUCUGCUGCCGCCGCAGCGGCUGCUGCCGAGAAAAAGAGAACUCCUAAAUGCGCCCGUUGCAGGAACCACGGGUUUGAUUCCAUUCUCAAGGGACACAAGGGGUUCUGUAGGUGGCGGGACUGUAUGUGUCCAAAGUGCAUGUUGAUAGCGGAGAGACAGAGAGUUCUCGCGGCCCAGGUCGCUCUACGAAGACAGCAAAUGCAGGAGCAGAGGCAGCCCUUACCGCCUGGAGAUGUCUAUACAGCCCUGCAUAGAGUGAACGAUGACGACCCUCAGUCUCCGCAACCCGAUUCUCCCUCCGCUGUACCCGAAGAACCCGAGAAAACAGAAAUUAAGAAGGAGGCGGAAUCGCCCGUGGAUGAGUCUUUCAACGAACCUCAAGACGCUAAUAGUUCGCAUAUGCAGUUCACGACUUUCGCCAAACACCAAGCUCAGCAUGGCCUCUAUAUUUCUGCCCAUUCAAAGGAAUCCCAUCCGGAUUGCACUUGUUCGGCCUUCCGUCCAUUCGGCAGUUCUUUUCCGAGCCAUCAUCAAGUGAUGAAAAGGAAGCUGUCGCCCGAGCAAUCCCCGGACACAAUACACGGCUACUCCGUCAGCAGUAUUGUUGGGGAAUCAAUCGCAGAGAAGAGAAGGAGAUUUUUUAGCGAAUGUGAUCCGUCAGAGAAGACGCAUUUUCCAGCGAUGCCGCCUUCACCGUUUUCCCAGAGGCGCUCUUCGCCGAUUGAACUAAUGAUGCGUAUUUUCCCAAAGAUCAAAGUCAGCGUGUUGCAGUUGAUACUUCAGUCUUACGGGGGAGAUGUCGUGCAGGCAAUCGAAGAAGUCCUUACAAAGUGUAAAAGUGACCCUACGAUACUCGCAGAGACCAGCCCGUGGGCAAGAGCGCCUGUUAUUGAUGAUAUGUACCGAGACUUUAGGGCUUUGCGAGCGGACGGUUUCAAGUUCGUUCGCGGGCCUGAACCGUAUAUGGGAAGCACAAAAAGCGCUUUUACGCCGAUCACUACUUUUUCCAAGUCGCCAUUCCUAGCGUCUUCGACACCAGCGCAUGUCGCCUUUGCUAUGGACAAUUUGAGAUCAAAGGAAAACCCUGUUCCGAUCUCUAUAUUUUUAGAUACGCGCCUUAACAGUGCGCAAAGAUCUCAGUCCCCUUCCAAACCGAAAGAGAACAUUGAGGCGACACGACCGUCUAGUCGCGAAGACUCCGAUAACCACACAAGAGAGCGGGAAAAUAGCAAAUAAAUGAACACCUAAUCUUUAUUGAAUGUUCCAAGUUUCGCUACAUUCGGAGCGAUAUUUUUGUAUAUAUGUAGAUAUGUUGUAAGGUUGUUGUAAAUUAUUAUUAUUAAUUGUACAGCACAACAAGUUGGCAGUAAAUAUGGCUAGUAUCUUAA